CAAAUACUACAUUAGUACUAUUUUUACAAAUUGAACUUUUAAUAAUUUUCUUUCAACCAGGUACAGCCUAAUCGUCUAUUGUCUUUGAAGUUUGAAUUGGCCAAGUGUGCUACCGUGUCAUCAACAGGAAGAGAAUGAGCAGAGGUAUCGACAACAACAAGAAGAAGAAGACGGAAGACGACGAGGUUGAAGAGCUGCUGCGCGCGGCGGAGGAUGAUGUGUUCCUCAAGCUCAGCCUCAAUUCCCAUAUGGCUCGUGGUUCUUCCACCCAAUUCAUCGAUCCAGAUCUCGAUCAACGUUUCCGUGCCCUCAAAUCCAAGCAAACCCCCAAAACCAAAAACCCUAAUCCCCAACAACCAUGUUCAACCUCUACAGCUUCCGAUGAUAACUUGUUUCCCAGAUUUGCAGCUCUCAAAAGCUCCCUUCCCGCUUAUUCUUCUUCGGCUAACCAACAGGCUGCGGAGGACAAUGAAGAGGAUGACGAUGAAGUUGAGAAGGUGAUUAAGUGGGCCAUUGAUGCUGCUAGGCUUGACCCUUCACCUCCCUCUGACACUGAUGAAGAUGAAAAUAGUGAGGAUGAUGUCAGCUAAGCGGAAAUGAUUUAUGAACGUGUGGUAUUUCUUGUUGAAUUGUGGUUGGAUGUUUAGAUUUGAUAUUGGUAAGAACUUGUAUCUAUUGUCAUUCUUAUUGCUAUGCUGAUACUACUUGUUUAUGCUUACUGUUAACCAAAGUUGCUUGUUUA